AUUCUAAGUGAAUCCACGCUGCCCGCUGCUGACUGACUGCUUGCUCCGAGUUUGCGCAUACCUAGCCCCUCACAUAAAGACCUCCCCCCUCGCUCUUUUUCGCGCCAACCCGAUGUUCUCCUUCUCCAAUUCCCUCCGAGCCGCCACCAGAAGACUCCCCCACUCUGCACAACUCCCCGCAACCCGCUAUUUCUCCAUUACAGCAGCAACAAUGGGUGUGACCAAGACCAUUCUCAAGGAGGGCAGCGGCCCCGUCCCCAAGGUCGGCGACCGCGUUACCAUUGAGUACACCGGCUACCUCAAGGAUGCCUCCAAGCCCGACCAGAAGGGAAAGCAAUUCGACUCCUCUGUCGGCCGCGGGGCCUUUGUCUGCUCCAUUGGCGUUGGUCAGGUCAUCAAAGGUUGGGAUGAGGGAGUGACCACCAUGAAGGUUGGCGAGAAGUCUACCUUGGACAUCACCAGCGACUACGGAUACGGUGCACGUGGAUUCCCGGGCCACAUCCCACCCAACGCCGACCUUCUCUUCGAUGUCGAACUCCAAAAGAUCAACUAAACGAUCCGGUCUUGGAUAGCUCAGGUUAGGACUAAAAUUUGGGAAUGGGAAGGGAGUCACUACCAAUAAAAGGAAAUGCUGAUUCUC